CUAGGCCAAGGGCGUGUGAACCAGCUCGGUGGUACGUUCAUAAACGGUCGACCGUUGCCUAAUGUGGUCCGGUUGAAAAUCGUCGAAAUGGCUGCUGCUGGCGUGCGGCCUAGUAACAUAUCCAGACAGCUCAAAGUGUCACACGGGUGCGUGUCCAAGAUACUCAACAGAUACCAAGAGACAGGCAGCAUUCGACCGGGCAUUGUGAACAGCGAUCAUGUUCAGAAAAACUAUCCGAAACGAAUUUCGUAUUGUCCGGAGGAAGUCAGAGAUACAACAAUCAGAUCAGACCGUCAUAGUAAUUACUCAAUCGACGGAAUACUGUCAG